AUGGACGUUCCCAAUCUCGGUCAGGCUAAGAACAAUCAAGACUCCGAAGAUGCCAAAAUUGCUGUCUUGUUCUCAGGAGGCUUGGACUGCACAUUGCUUGCUCGACUAGCUCACGAUUUAUUACCACCGAGCCAGCCCAUCGAUCUGCUCAAUGUUGCUUUCGAAAACCCUCGAUCUAUGGUAGCCGCCUCCGGAAAAGAUCCAGCCGCUUCUGCAUAUGAAAGCUGCCCAGAUCGUAAAACUGGUCGCUCUUCUUAUCUUGAAUUGCUCCAGAUUUGUGGUGGGCGGAAGUGGCGAUUUAUCGCAAUAAAUGUACCAUACAAGGAAAGUGAGAGUCAUCACAGCACCAUUGCCGGAUUGAUGGCUCCGCAUAACACAGAGAUGGAUCUUUCUAUUGCAAAAGCACUCUACUUUGCUGCCCGAGGUCAAGGACAGAUUAGGAAUCCCAUAUCUGGACAGGAUCAUCCGUACUCAACAGACGCUCGGGUGCUGCUAUCAGGACUCGGAGCCGAUGAGCUGUUUGGAGGUUACAGACGUCACGCAACAGCUUAUGCUCGGGAUGGGUAUCCAGGUUUGAUCGAGGAGCUAGACCUUGACAUUCAACGACUCGGACAGCGGAAUCUAGGACGAGAUGAUAGGGUCAUCUCCCACUGGGCCAAAGAGGCACGAUAUCCAUACCUUGACGAGGAUUUCAUGAAGUGGACUUUACAACUGCCUGUUUGGGAGAAAUGUGGAUUUCGCCCCAACAGUGCUGGCACCGUGGUGUCCAAGGAAAAUAAUCAUUCGCCACCGAUCUUGGACCCUGCGAAACAAGCACUUCGACUCCUAGCAUGGCGUACAGGAAUGGAACAGGUAGCCAGAGAAAAGAAAAGAGCCAUUCAAUUCGGCGCGAGAACUGCAAAGAUGCAGAUUGGGAAAGGCAGGAAGAGGGGCACGGAUCUCAUUGAUGGAUGA